AUGGACGAUCUCUUGAAUCUCGAGCUUCUGUCGCUCGUGUCCAAGGUGACUUCUGAAUUGCAGAACCAUCUGGGCGUCUCCGACAAGACCCUCGCCGAAUUCAUCAUCGCCCAGCGAGUCGACGCCGAAGACUACGAUGCAUUCAAGCAAAAACUCUCCGCCAUAGGAGCAGACUUCCCCCCGAGUCUCGUCGAGAGUGUCGACCGUCUCGUUCUGACCAUGCACCCGAAGCUCAAGGGGAAGGCGAAGGCGAACGGCACCAACGAAGAUCAUCACCACCGCAGCGCAGAGGAGAAGGAGCACAUCUUCAAGGGUCUUUCCGUACCCGACAAACCGGUCGCAUACGACAGCAUCGGCGACGGCGACGCGAUCGACGACACGCUGGCGUUGCUGGAGGGGUUGGAAGGCAAGGCGAGGGGAGAGAAGUCGGCCUCGCGCAAGCGGAGUCGCAGCCCAGACGACAAUCGCGAGUCCAGGAGGAAACGGAGGGACAGGUCGAGGUCGAGGGAUCACAGACGGCGGGAUAAGUACCGAUCGCGGUCGAGAUCUGCCGAUGACUACGAGAACGGACCGUCGUUGAAGCAGCGCAGGGGACGGCGGAACUACGAUGACGAGGACGACAGCCGCUUCAGGAGGGCGCCGGAACCCGAGGUCGACGAUGCGCCUCAGCUUCACAAGGUCUACAGCGGUCAUGUCACUGGGAUCAAGGACUUUGGCGCAUUCGUCAACAUCCACGGCGUGCGCGGGAAGGUGGACGGUCUGGUGCACAUCUCUCGAUUAGUCGAAGGGCAGCGAGUGAACCACCCGUCCGACCUUCUGACGAGAGGUCAGGAUGUCAAGGUCAAAGUUGUCAACAUCGAAGGCAACAGGAUAGGUCUGUCCAUGAAAGAAGUGGAUCAAGAGACCGGUAUGGACCUUCACCCUCAAGACAGGAUAUCUUCGGGCGCAAACAUGGAGGCUUUGGGUGGCGGUCGGAACGGAAACAUGUUUGACGGCGGAGUUAUGCCGCCACCACAACAUCAAGCUGGACAGCGUCGACAGAAGAAGCGCAUGACGUCGCCGGAACGCUGGGAGAUUAGACAGUUGAUUGCGUCAGGUGUUGCGAAGGCCUCUGAUUACCCAGACUUGGAGGAAGACUACAACGCGACGCUCAACGGCGACGGAGGCUUGGAGUUGGAGGAGGAUGUCGACAUCGAGGUCCGAGAGGAGGAGCCUCCAUUCUUGGCAGGUCAGACGAAGCAGUCUCUCGAGCUCUCCCCUAUCCGUGUCGUGAAAGCGCCGGAUGGCUCGAUGAAUCGUGCGGCCAUGUCGGGCACGGCGUUGGCCAAGGAAAGAAAGGAACUGAAACAGCAAGAGGCAGAGGCUGCGGCGGCAGAUGAGUCCAAGGUUGUCGACCUCUCUGCGCAGUGGAACGAUCCCAUGGCCGACCCCGACAAGCGCAAGUUCGCCAGCGACCUGAGAAAUGCGCAGUCCCAGAUGAACCAGAACAAGACCGACGCGGUACCCGAAUGGAAGCGGGCGGUCGCUCCCAAGGACCAGUCUUUCGGCAAACGAACUAACUUGAGCAUCAAGGAACAGAGAGAGUCGCUACCUGUGUAUGCUUUCAGGCGAAAGUUCUUGGAUGCUGUCAGAGACCACCAGGUGAUGGUUGUCAUUGGAGAAACUGGCUCCGGCAAGACUACCCAGCUUACCCAAUAUCUUGCUGAAGAUGGCUUCGCCAACGACGGCGUAAUCGGCUGCACACAGCCCCGCCGUGUGGCUGCCAUGUCGGUGGCGAAGCGUGUAGCUGAAGAAGUCGGCACACCACUAGGCGAGGCUGUUGGUUAUACUAUUCGUUUCGAAGACCGCACGAGUCCAGCGACCAAGAUCAAGUACAUGACGGAUGGUAUGCUUCAGCGUGAGAUUCUGGUUGACCCAGAUCUUAAGCGGUACUCGGUCAUCAUGCUCGACGAAGCGCACGAACGUACUAUUUCCACCGAUGUCUUGUUCGCGCUGUUGAAACAGACGAUGAAGCGUCGCAAGGACUUGAAGGUCAUUGCGACGUCGGCUACGCUGGAUGCUGACAAGUUCUCAUCCUAUUUCGAUGGCUGCCCGAUUUUUACAAUCCCCGGCCGUACGUUCCCGGUCGAGGUGCUCUACUCUCGCGAACCCGAGUCCGAUUAUCUGGAUGCUGCGCUCAACACUGUGUUGGAGAUUCACAUUAGCGAACCGCCAGGCGACAUCUUGCUCUUCCUGACCGGCCAGGAAGAAAUCGACACAUCAUGCGAGAUUUUGUUUGAGCGUAUGAAAGCACUGGGACCCAAGGUCCCCGAACUUCUUAUCCUGCCGGUGUACUCUGCUCUCCCCAACGAGAUGCAGAGUCGCAUUUUCGACCCCGCGCCCCCUGGCGCACGAAAGGUCGUCAUCGCCACCAACAUCGCCGAAACCUCCAUCACCAUUGACAACAUCUACUUCGUCGUCGACCCGGGCUUCGUCAAGCAGAAUGCAUACGACCCCAAGCUGGGCAUGGACUCCCUCGUGGUCACACCCAUCUCCCAAGCACAGGCAAACCAGCGCGCUGGACGAGCCGGUCGCACGGGACCAGGAAAGUGUUUCCGUCUUUACACGGAAGCCGCGUACCAGUCCGAAAUGCUGCCGACGACCAUCCCCGAAAUCCAACGCCAGAACCUGUCCCACGUUAUUCUCAUGCUCAAGGCCAUGGGCAUCAACGACCUCCUCCACUUCGACUUCAUGGACCCCCCGCCGAUCAAUACCAUGCUCACAGCCCUCGAGGAACUCUACGCCCUGAGCGCCCUCGACGAUGAAGGCCUCCUUACUCGUCUUGGACGCAAAAUGGCAGACUUCCCGAUGGAGCCGUCGCUGGCAAAGGUCCUCAUUAUAUCGGUCGACAUGAAGUGCUCGGCCGAGAUGCUCAUCAUCGUCGCCAUGCUCAACCUGCCGAACGUGUUCUACCGUCCCAAGGAGAAGCAGUCGCAGGCGGACCAGAAGAAGGCAAAGUUCCACGACCCCCACGGCGACCACCUUACCCUGCUCAACGUCUAUAACUCGUGGAAGCACAGCGGGUACUCGGCGCCGUGGUGCUUCGAGAACUUCAUCCAGGCGCGCUCGAUGAAGCGCGCCAAAGACGUCCACGACCAGCUCGUCAAGAUCAUGGACCGCUACCGCCACCCGGUCGUCUCGUGCGGGCGCAACACCCAGAUCGUCCGCCAGGCCCUCUGCUCGGGCUUCUUCCGCAACGCCGCGCGCAAGGACCCGCAGGAGGGCUACAAGACGCUCAUCGAGGGCACCCCCGUCUACCUGCACCCCAGCUCCGCGCUCUUCGGCAAGCAGGCCGAGUGGGUCAUCUACCACACGCUGGUGCUCACGACCAAGGAGUACAUGCACUGCACGACGAGCAUCGAGCCCAAGUGGCUCGUCGAGGCGGCCCCGACCUUCUUCAAGGUCGCGCCGACGGACCGCCUGUCGAAGCGGAAGAAGGCCGAGAGGAUCCAGCCGCUGUACAACAAGUACGCCGGCGAGGACGACUGGAGGCUGAGCGCGCAGCGCAAGGCCGGACGGGGCGGCGGCGGCGGCGGUACCUGGGGUUAG